CGUUCAGCCUGUUGAACACGUCAUUGUUGGCUUUUGAACCCAAACCACCACUGUACUGCCGAGCAUCACCAUGGGGAAAAUGACGCUGUAUCACUGGGAUGGGUACCGAUCAGCAAAAAUUAUUUUUAUGUUAAUGGAAAUGGGAGUGAUGGAUGACUUUGACAUUAUCAGACUGAAUUCACUAGAUCCAGACAAACAGGCCAUGGAAGAAUACAAAAAGAACGUCCAUCCACAUGGAACUAUUCCCGCGCUUGUCAUUGAAGGGGAGACAAUCAUGCUAGAAUCAACAUCAAUUUGUCUUUUCUUAGCUGACAAAUAUGGCAAGCUGCUACCCGACUCAAAAUAUAAACAUGACUAUUAUGACUGGAUUAUUUACUGCAGUCUGACCUUGGAUUCCAUUUUGGACACAUUUUGGCAUCAAUGGAAGGUGACGCCACCAAAAUAUGACGAGGCUACAAUGAAGAACACAACAAAGAGAUGGGAUGUCUGUAUUAACCAUCUGACCAAGACGUUGUCAGAUGGCAGAGAAUAUAUUUGUGGUAGUAGCUUCACGGCAGCAGACUGCACUCUGGGAUACUACUUGGACUGGGCCGAGAAUCUGAAAGAUGGAAUCUUGCUCAAAGGUCAUCCGAAGGUCACAGAGUACUUAGACCGUCUUAAGAAACGUCCAGCGUUCAAAGAAUCAAUGACAUACAAAUAGUCUCCAUCCAAUCCAGUUCAGUUUAAACCCAACACGUGUUUAGGACUGUUCCUGUCUCUCUUGCGUUUGACAAUGUUUUUAUUAAACAGAUUCAUGUAUAUUUACCGUAAAAUAAUAGUUUGGUUGCCCCUCUAUGAAUAUUUUCAUCUAUUAAAAAAUAUGCUUAUAACAUUACUGAAAAAUUAAAAAGAUUGUGCUUUAAACUGAGUCAAUGCAAAUAAUGUAUAUGAUCCGAAUCAUCAUUAAAGUUUAUAUAUAUAUAUAUACA